AAGAAACCCCAAUUGUUGAACAGCUCUCAUGAGUUAAGACUUGAACCCUUUUCAUUCAUUUGCGGUGCGCAAUCUGAAUUCUUCAGGAGAAAAUGGGUUGGAAGGCAGCACAGAAGCUGAUUUAUCAAUGGAAGACUCCUAGAGGGAGCAAUGCCAUGGUAUUCAGGGGUAAUGAUAAAGGGGAGACUGUUGUUGAGCGUGUAAUUCGAUCUCAGAAUCGUGUUAUUGUUGAUGGCAAGAAUCUGAAACACAUCAAGCAAGGGCAGGGUCAUGAUGGCGGGAUAUUCACUGUAGAAGCCCCUCUUCGUGUCUCAAAUGUUCAGGCUGUCAAUCCAGUCACAGGGAAGCCCUGCAAAGUUGGAUCCAUAAUUCCUUGUCCAGAAAUCUCGAAGAUGAGGAAGGCCCCUAGACCUACCGCUGGAUUACCCAGGAGUUUGAAAAUUGAGACACAUCUUCCCAUGUCAAUUUUGGGAAACCUGGGCAUGAAACUGGGCUUGGUCAGAGCGGCAGGGAAUGUUCAUUUGCCUUGUGCGUUGAGUUUCAGGAGUUUUUUACAUUCUGGAGAAAAACCAGAGGUCGAGGCAGGAAGGAAUCACAGGCAGGCAACAGAGGAAAGUGGAAAUGGUGUAGGCGAAAGACCUCCACCAGAAGUUGGGGUAGGAAGGAAUCUUCGUUCAAAUGGCUAUGAUCAGUUGUUAAAUAGGGAAAGAGGAAAUGGUGUGAAUGGACUACCUCCACAGGAGGUUGGGGGAUGGAAUCUUGGUUCCAUUGGCUACGAUCAGUUGCUAAACCGGGAAAGAGGAGGUGUGAAUGGACUACCUCCACAUGAGGUUGGGGUAGGGCGUAAUCUUGGUUCCGUUGGCUAUGCUCAAUUGUUGAACCGAGAAAGAGGAAAUGGCGUGAAUGGGCCACCUCCACUUGAAAACGAGUCAGGAAGAACUCCACUGCCUAAUAUGGACUAUGUUCGUGGAUUACUCCAAGAUGAAAGACCCGGAGCAGGAAGAAUGCAGAGACUUGAUGAUGUCCAGGGCAGAGGUCCAAUAGGAGGCCCUGCAUUUUAUCAGCAGUCGCAACGAGAGUCAAAUGCUGAUAUCGUCCACAUUAAGUUGAUGCGAAACAAUUCUUACGUCACCUUAACUGAUUAUAAAGGCAACAGAAAGAUGUCGGUUUCUGCUGGUCAAGUGGCUGCAAAAGGAGAUAAACCUGGCCGGUAUUCAGGUGAAGCAGCUGCUGAGUAUAUGGGACGAGUAGUGAAGCAGAUGAAAAUCAAAUCAGUCGUGGUGAAAGUGAGCGGAUUCACCUUUUUUAGGAGGAAGAAGGAUUCUAUAUUGGCCUUCAAAGACGGGUACACUCAUUCACGUGGAGAUGUAAAUCCUGUUGUAUACAUCGAGGAUACGACUAGGAAACCACAUAAUGGCUGCCGUCUUCCAAAGAAGCGCCGCAUAUGAUUUCCUCAGGCUUGCAGAAUUUCUGUGAGCAUUCUGUGGAAUUGGGGAUUGAGGCAGAUGUCCGAGUUUGGUCGAAGAUUUUACCACCAAGUUGCUUUUUGAUCGAGUUAUUAGCUUUACUGUUGUUACCAGUUUUCUGUUUAUUGCUGGUGUUAUGCUGAUUCUCGUAGGUUUGGAAAAGAAAGAAGAAGAUAAUUUCUGAAUAUUAAUUAAGUGCAUCUUGGUUCUUGUUUUUGCUGCAA